AACCCCAACACAGUUUACAUGCCUGGGAUAAGAAACCCAGAAUCGGUACAGUUCAGCCAGGGUCCAUUUAAUUGGAGGGGAGGAGCCACCUUGCUAAGAAAAACUCACUUGAAGCUCUUCUGAAAAGAGGUCCUCAGAGGUUUUUUCCGAAAGGGACGCGGACUCCUAGUAAGCUACAGAACCCCUGGCCACUGGGUGAUUUAAUAAUGUUCUCUUUUAGGUCCACCGACGCGGCCACAGUGUGGCCGCCAUCCAGAGGGGCACUGGGAGAGCCCAAGAGGCCCCCCAGUGACCGUGGGACUCUCCCGAUGGGGCGGGGCGCUCCUGACUCGCGCUCGCCGGGGACUGGAGCGCAGGUGAGUAGCCGGAGCGGGGCGAGCCCCGGCCUCCGCCUCCGUGGCGCCCGCGCUGCGCUCCGCCCUCCCCGCGCCGGGGGCAGGGGGGUGCGGGCGAGAGCUCUGCUGGAGCUCUGGCUUCGGUGGGAAGUGGGACGGCGACGUGGGGGCUCGCGGACCGUGCGGCCGUGCCGCGGACCGGAGCGCGGAGGCGCGGGGCGGCCACCUCCCAGCCGGCCUGGGGCGCGGCGGCCGCAGGUGGUUCCCCGGGCCGGCCCUUUUCUCCUCCCCCUUUCCUUUCUUUCGCCUCCCCUCCCUCUCGCCCGGUGUCGGCGGCACUUCCCCCGCUUCCUCCUCUCUCUCCAAUCGGGAGGGAGGGAAGGAGCCGCCGGCUCUUUCCUGCCUCCCUGCAAACUUCAGCGGGACUCGCGUCUCCGCUCGCCUCCGCGGCCACCGCGCCCCCUGCCCGGGAGCUGCUCCUUGAACUUCCUCUCGCCGCGCGGCCCAGGAGCCCCGGCGGGUGGGAGGACGCCGCUGGGCGCCAGCAGCCGCCGCUUGGACCCUCGCUAUCCCUUCCCGGCGGCUCCCCGGGCUGCCGCUGGCUCCUCCGGCGCCCGCCCGCCUGCCCGUGCGUCCGUCGGUCCGUCCUUCCCGCCCGCCUCGCCUCUCCGCAGCGGGCAGGAGCCACCAGGCUUCCCGGCGGCGCCCCGCCGCUGCCCGGGACUUUUCUUUGUGUUGGAUGCGGACUCGCGCCCCGCGCCGACGGGGGGCGGAUUAAGGGCUGCGCUCGCCCCGGGGCGGUCCGAGCCGCCGCCCCCGGCCCUCGCCAUGCCCUUCCACCAGAGGACCGUAGAGCCCGCGCGGCUGCGCCGGCCCGAGGCGGCCGGGGCCGCGGGCGCGCCGCUCUUCCGCUCGCUGGAGCAGGUCAGCUCGCACGUCCUGGUCCGCCUGCUGGCGCAGCUGGCCGACCUGUCGCGCUGCGCCGGGGACAUCUUCUGUGAGCUCGAGGGCCAGGCGGCCGCGCUGGGACGCCGCACCGCCGCGCUGCACCGCCGCCUCGACGCCCUGCACGCCGCCGCCGCGCGCCUCGACCACCGGCGAGUGAAAAUCCCGGUUUCCAACCUAGAUGAGGAGAGUAGAUGGUCAGUCCACUACACAGCUCCAUGGCACCAGCAGGAGAAUGUGUUCCUUCCCGCCACAAGACCCCCCUGCGUAGAGGACCUGCACCGCCAAGCCAAGCUCAACCUCAAAUCAGUAUUAAGGGAAUGUGAUAAACUGCGGCGGGAUGGUUGCCGAAGUUCUCAGUACUACUCCCAGGGACCCACCUUCGCAGCCACCUCCAGCCCACUCUGUGAUGAUUAUCAGGAUGAGGAUGAAGAAGCAGAUCAAAAGUGCUCUAUUUUUUUGUCUGAAGAAGAAAGACCCAUUUCCAGCAGGAGACCUAAAACGCCAACCUCAAGUGAAUUCUCUGACCUUAAUACUCAAACAAACUGGACCAAGUCACUUCCCCUGCCGACACCAGAAGAGAAGAUGCGGCAGCAAGCCCAAACAGUCCAGGCUGAUGUGGUUCCUAUUAACAUCACGGGGGAGAAUUUCGAUCGCCAGGCCAGCCUUCGGCGGUCUCUUAUUUACACAGACACUCUGGUAAGACGACCGAAGAAAGUCAAAAGGAGAAAGACUAUUACAGGCGUCCUUGACAACAUACAGAAGGAGCUAGCAUCUGGCAUAGGCUGCGAUGAUGUGGGUGGUCACCCAGUGUACACCCCAGAGCACUACUCUACACUAGGAAGGCUUGACAGCUGUCAGUCACCUGGGCCACGCUCAGCAACCAGGGACUCCAGCUGUCAGACUGAGGAACUGAAAGUCGUACCCCCUUCAAUGAGGAGAAUCAGGGCGCAAAAGGGACAAGGCAUUGCUGCCCAGAUGAGCCACUUCCCGGGCUCCUCCGGGAACAUGUCUGUGCUGAGCGACUCUGCAGGCAUUGUGUUCCCUUCUCGCCUCAACAACGAUGCUGGCUUCCACAGUCUCCCACGCUCGGGAACAAGGGCAAACAUUCCCCUGGAGCCACGGCUCGGUGCCCUGGGCCCUACAGAAGACUUGGAUGGCACUUACCCCUACCAGAGGGAUUACCUACAAGUAGAUGAAAACUUCGGACAUUUAGGAGGAGCCUCAGGUGCUGGAGCACUUUCGAGGCCCAAGUCCCAGGAGCUGAGGCUUUUUGAGAGUGAGAAUGUAACAAGCCCAGCGUGUGUGGUUUCUCCUCAUGCAACAUUCUCCACCAGCAUCAUCCCAAAUGCCACGCUCUCUUCCUCUUCAGAGGUUAUUAUUAUUCACACUGCCCAGAGUUCAGGGCAGCUGGACAGUAAACUUACCAGCUCAUCUUCAUACCCCAAGAUAAAAUCCAGAGACCACCUGCUCUCCAGGCAUGCUGGUAAAGAUGACCAUCCGGCUCCUUGUGGUUACUGGAAUGAGGGUCACUCCACCAUUCUUCCACAAGCCUUAGAUUCCCAUUCCUCCAAUGCAAAGACACUGUUGUCCCUCUGUGAUUCGGCUGUACCUUUCAAUACCCCAGCAAUUCGGGAGAAUGGGUCCCAAGCCAUAACCUAUAACUGUAGAAACAACCUGAGCUUCCCAGUGCACCCUAGGGAUGUGGAUGGCAAGAGUGAGUCCAGUUAUUCAGGAGGCAGGGGGCAUGGCAGCACAGAGCCCUGGGAGUACAGUGCCUCAGGAAACGGGCAGGUGUCCCCACCGAAGCCACUUUCGGCAACUCCUGGUCACUCUACACCUGUAGGUAACGUGGGCAGUGGCAGUUUGGACCAAGCAUUCAACAAAGAUGACACCGGGUUCCUGUAUGCAGAGGCCCAGGACGGCUCCUGCACACCUCUGCACACGGACGCUACACCAGGGUCCGGGGAUCUGUGCAAUAGCAGUGAUGGCUUUGGGAACCCCAGGCACAGUGUGGUCAAUGUUUUUGAUGGAAGAGCGGAGAAGAACCACGGGGACCGGCUAAAUUAUCAUGACAGACCCCUUUCGAGAAACAUCUCUUUGAAGAAAGCAAAGAAGCCUCCUCUGCCACCUUCUCGGACAGACUCCCUGCGCAGGAUGCCCAAGAAGAGUGUCCAGUCCAACGGGCAGGAGCUCAACGAAAGCCUGAUCGCCUCGCUGCAGCACUCGCUGCGGCUGAACCUGCCGGGCAAGGGCGGCAGCUCGCCCUCCCAGAGCCCCUGCAGUGACUUUGAAGAGCCCUGGCUGCCUCGCUCGCGCAGCCAGAGCACAGCCAGUGCGGCGAGCAGCAUGACUUCCGCCACCACCCCCAAUGUCCACUCGCUGUGUGGGGUCACGCCCUCGCAGAGCGACACCAGCAGCGUCAAGUCUGAGUACACGGACCCGUGGGGCUACUACAUUGACUACACCGGCGCGCAGGAAGACCCGCGGAACCCGGGCGGGGGCCCUUCGGCCAGCAAUGGGGUGCCUGCUGGCGACGGGCCAGGCGGCCCCGUGCGGGAUGUAGCCGGGGCCGCGGUGCCUCCAGGGUCCGGUGGCGCAGUCAAGCCAAAGAUCCCAUCGCCGGAGAAGUCCCACAGAGUCACGUCUCCAUCCAGUGGGUAUUCCAGCCAGUCCAACACGCCCACGGCACUCACCCCUGUGCCUGUGUUUUUAAAGUCGGUGUCACCAGUAAAUGGGAAGGGGAAGACCAAGCCCAAGGUGCCGGAACGGAAGUCCUCUCUCAUAUCCUCCGUGUCUGUGUCCUCGUCCUCCACGUCCCUCUCGUCCAGCACCUCCACGGAGGGAAGCGGAACAGUGAGGAAGCUGGAUUCCGGGCUGGCCUCCCCCCUUGCCGCCCCUCCUCGCCCUUCUCUGCCAUCUCUGUGUCCUGCUGACAAGCCUCCACUUCUUCCUCCUCCCCCGCCUGUAGCCGACUCCCCCGAGGCUUCCCCUCUGCCUCACUUUCCCUCUUUCCCACCUCCGCCACCAGAAGUGCUUCCUCCCUUCGGCCCCGCCCCCACCACGUGCUAUACCCCACCCCCCACAGCACUUAGCCCCCUUCUUCUGGCUUCAUCGGCUCCCCGGCCCCCACCUUCCUUAGCAUCCUCCGUUCCUCCGCCUGCCCCACCUCUGGACCCCAAAUUGAUGAAGGACACCAGGCCGUCUUUCAAAAAAUCUGGCCAGCCGGGAUCCUCCCCAGAGGCCUGUGGGCAGCCUUCCAGCAAGGAGGGCGGUGGGCCCCCCGUGCCUCUAGUAACCGCGGAGGUGUUGCAGAUGGUGCAGUUGAGGCCCGUGAGGAAGAACUCAGGAACCCAGGAAGCACUGUUACAUGAACAAGUAUCUCAGGAAAAACUAACUCUAGUCGCUCCCCAGUAUCCUUUAAAGCCAUCUGCUCUCCUGAAGUCCCGAAAUAGCAUAAAUGAAAUGGAGAGUGAAAGCCAGCCUGCCUCCGUGACAAGCUCGCUCCCAUCUCCUGCCAAGAGUGUGAGUCAGGGUCACCAGGAUAGUGCAGCCGAGCGUGGCCUCUGGAGCUGCAGCCCGGGCAGCGCCGGCCGGUCAGAGGCUGGGCCCGGGCCCAGGAGCGCGCCUCGGCAGGAGCCCGCCGGUCCUGCGCCCAGCAGGAAGCCGCCCCCCAUCUCCAAGAAGCCCAAACUGUUCCUUGUGGUGCCACCUCCGCAGAGCAAUCUCCCAGCGGAGCCCACUGGGCACGUGAGCGAAGUGGUGCCCAACCCUACGAGGGGAGAGGCGCAAGAGAGUUGUGCAGCCGGGGCUGGCUCUCAUGAGCCCAAUGCAGGCAGCUCAGUUCCAGAAGGAGGAGCUGCACUGUCCACGUCCCCCAGCUGCGUGGGAGCCAGUGUCCGCAUGGUGCAGCCCCCUGCCUUGCCAUCCCCCAGGAAGGAGCCAGGCCCCGAGAACAGUGCGGACGGCGGAGGCAACGUGGAGGGCGGCCCAUCUCUACAGGACCCAGGGCCUGGAGUGCGGGAGACAAACAGAGCCGGGUCUUCCGAAGAGGCUUGUGACUUCCUUAAGGAGGAAGAGAGCGAUGAGGUGAUGACCCCCAGUAGGCCCCGGACCACAGAAGACCUUUUUGCAGCUAUUCACAGAUCCAAGAGGAAAGUCCUUGGCCGGAAAGAUUCAGAUGACGAUCACUCCCAAAACCAUUCUCCCUCCCCGCCAGUGACGCCUACUGGUGCUGCUCCCAGCCUGGCCUCCCUGAAGCAAGUGGGAUCGAUUCAGAGAAGCGUCCGUAAGAGCAGCACCAGCAGCGACAACUUCAAAGCUUUGCUGCUGAAAAAGGGGAGUCGGUCAGACACCAGUGCCCGCAUGUCAGCUGCUGAGAUGCUCAAGAACACAGACCCUAGAUUCCAGAGGUCAAGGUCAGAGCCUGCACCAGACACUCCUGAGAGCCCGUCCAGCUGUUCCCCAAGCAAGAACAGAAGGGCCCAGGAGGAGUGGGCCAGGAACGAAGGCUUGAUGCCUCGGAGUCUGUCCUUUUCUGGCCCCAGGUACGGCCGCAGCCGAACGCCGCCCUCUGCAGCCAGUAGCAGAUACAGCCUGCGGAACCGGAUCCACAGCAGCCCCAUGACCGUCAUCUCGGAAGGCGAAGGAGAAGCCCUGGAGCCCGUAGACAACAAGGCUCGCCGGGCCCUGGGUGCUGCCAGGGGAGGCUCACUGGAUGGACUGGUGGGGGAUGAAACGGACAAAGGCAGCCUGCUCUGUGGAGGGGCUCCCACCGCCUUGCUACAGGCACCGGCUCCCAGCCCUGCAGAUGGGAUGGCCAGUGCACAGGGCAGGGGUCCAUCGGAACAGAGCGGAGGUCCUCCAAGAGGAGAGAGCUAGGGGCAAGACUGCAUUUCCCCAGUGACAUGGGGGAGCUGCGCCACAUUUCGCUCUAGAAAGCCUGACAGGUACCCUUUGCUGCCUUGCCCAUGGAUCCCACCCAGCGUUUGUGCUGCGGCCCCAGGCACUGCCAGCCCUGCAGUGGAAGGGGGGAGGGUUACUGAGGACUCACUUGGCACUUGCCCUGUGGCUUAAAAGCAAGUAGAAGCUUAACUUCUGAAAGUGCUUCCUAGGGAAGACUUUUUUUUUUUCUUUGCUAAAUGCUGGGUUAUGUGUGGAGGGGUGGAUGUGUGUGUGUGUUUUGAAUGCUUCCUGUGUUAAAAAAAUACAAACACACACAUACAACAUGUACAGAAAUAGGAGAAAGAGAGUUAAGCUAGGUUGAGUAAUGGAAUCUUCUGGUCUAGUCGGUAAUUGCUUUGAAGUGUCAUGUUUAUGGAAGUUAGUGAGCUCCAGAAGAAGGGACAAGACCAUUACUCCUGAGAAAGGUAGUAGGUUUGCUAGUUCUGAAUGUGCAGAACGCAUGGUAUAUGCACAAGUGUGCUGUUGAGGUGAGCCCUGUUGUGCUUAUCCCAAAAACCUGGGAAAGGGCUAAGUGAUUGGUUCAGGUACUUUUUUCUGGGGAAAAAAGGCUUUGUUUCUUUUUUGUAAAAAUGACAAACGUGGAAGUGGCAACGCUGUAACUUGGAGCCUGCUGCUGUGCAGCCACACACACACACACACAAACUAUUAGCCUGAUUUUUAGAAAUAUGGGUAAUUUUGUAAUGAACUUCCUCCUGAGUAGCGGCUGAGACCUUCUUUGAGAAUUGGAAUGAUGGAGCACACAUUCAGAGAGGGUAGGAGAGAGGAGAGAAGAGGUGUUGAGUGAUACACUGCUGGAAUUUGUUUCCUACUUGUUAAAUAAAAUUAUUUUUCAGAACUAAAUUUGAAAACUUGCACUACAGAACUGUGGGUGGGGCUUUUCCUUCUACACCUGUUCUUACCAGAGCUUAAAUUUCCAUUUGGCAAUUUCUUAUCACCAGAAAUGUUAACAUUUGCUAACUUUUGGAUAUCCAUUUGGUUUCACCAAAGAAAAAGUUACAGCUACUUUUCCUUGAACUGCCUGCAGUAUCAUGUCCUCAUCUAGAAAGGUUUAUCAAAAUCUAGUAUAUAUAAUCUUACUUUGAAGAAAAUGCUGAUUAGCUCUCAUUGGUCAAAAAAAUCGACUAAAAAAUGGCAGGGUUUGGCUAUUACUUGGCCCUGGGACAUGAGUUUUUAGAUUAAAAGGAUUUUUGCAUCAUUUGGUUUGUGAGUUUUUAUAUUUUUUAUAAAUAAUUGAAUUGGCUAAUUAGCUUCUAAUCUUCUCCAGUUAGAAUUUUAACACUUUUAGACUUGGGGAAAAAAAGUGUGUAAAGUAUUUAUUUUUAUGUCAUAUUCUUGUGGCUCCUUCCCCCGCUCCCCUCCAACUGCUGUGUACUUAAGAUUCCCUUAUUUGUGGUUAAAUAAAAUCAGAGUCUUGUCUUCUUCAUUAGAAGGACCUUAGAUGACAGUACCAGGAUUCUUGGCCUUAACUACAGUGCAGCUGCCAAUUCUCAGCUUUUUGGGUAUGAAAAUAUCUUCUAAAAGUUGGACUGCCAGGUCAAAUCAUCCUAAGGCUUAUACAAUAAAACCUUAAACAGCCAUUUUAGAUGCAUCUUUGAGACAGAAACAUACCUCAUGAAUUGAGGCUCCUUCUGUUCUCUGAAGAAAAUGAAACACUUCUUUUGACACAACAAGAAAUCAAGACCUGACAUUUGGCCAAAGGCAAAAAAACUUUUUCCCAUUUGGAGCAAUUGUCUACUCCAUGGGGCACAAGUAUCUUUGCUUCUAAAUUUUAGAGAAGUAUUGUUGUUUUGAAUAUGAAAUCACUUAGUUACCUAAACAAAGAUUAGAAUGUAUGUGGAUACCACAAAACUUUAACUUAAUAUAUAAAUCAUGUAUGUUGAAGGUAAGAUAAACAACAUCAAAACUAAUUAUAAAACUAUUUUGAAAACCCCCAUUUCUUUUAAGGAAAAAUAUAUCAGGUUUUUAAAAUUUGCUUUGAAUAAAACAGUUAUAAAGUAAA